CGUCAGAAGGUUUUCGUGAGCUCUCUCUUUGCGUAUCUCCCUACAACCUUCGGGAGAACGAAAAGAUACGACGCCUGGGGCAGUCAGAGCUAUGCAGGACCCACAACGGGGCGGAGGAUGGGCCGCCGCCUGCUGCCGCCAGCCCCGCAAGCACACAGGCCUCGCGAGCCAGGGCAGCCAGCAGCAGCAACGCGGGACCCACCCCAGAGGAGAAGGAGGAGGCGUACUGGCGCCGCCGGCAAAAGGCGGUGUGGGCGGGGCCUUGGCGCAGCGGUGCGCGCGGGCCUUCGGGAACGCGGUGCGCAGGCAGCGGAGACCGCAGCGGCCGCGGAGGAGGCGGUUGCUGCGUCGGGUCCUGGGGUCGCUGCUUGAGGCGCAGGCGCCGUGGACUCACCCAUCCUGGUCCUUGCAUCGCCGUGGGCUCGUAAUGGCGACCCAGCAGAGGCUUUUCCACCUGGUGGUGUUCGGCGCCUCUGGCUUUACCGGCCAGUUCGUGACCGAAGAGGUGGCCCGGGAGCAGAUGUCCCCGGAGCGGAGUUCCCGCCUGCCCUGGGCUGUGGCGGGCCGUUCUCGGGAGAAGCUGCAGCGAGUCCUGGAGAGGGCUGCCAUGAAACUGGGAAGGCCGACACUGUCAUCUGAAGUUGGAAUAAUAAUUUGUGAUAUCACUAAUCCAGCCUCACUUGAUGAAAUGGCUAAACAGGCAACAGUUGUCCUCAACUGUGUAGGACCAUACCGAUUUUAUGGAGAACCUGUAGUAAAAGCAUGUGUUGAAAAUGGAACUAGCUGUAUUGACAUCUGUGGAGAACCUCAGUUUCUGGAACUAAUGUAUUGGAAGUAUCAUGAGAAAGCUGCAGAAAAAGGGGCUUAUAUCAUUGGAAGCAGUGGCUUUGACUCCAUUCCAGCAGAUCUGGGAGUAAUAUAUACCAGAAAUAAAAUGAAUGGUACAUUGACGGCUGUGGAAAGUUUCCUGACUAUACAUUCAGGACCUGAGGGGUUGUGCACUCAUGAUGGUACCUGGAAGUCAGCGGUUUAUGGUUUUGGAGAUCAGAGUAAUUUGAAAAAACUACGAAAUGAGUCCAAUUUAAAGCCUGUCCCAAUUGUUGGUCCAAAAUUGAAAAGAAGGUGGCCAAUUUCUUACUGCAGAGAACUCAACAGUUAUUCCAUUCCUUUCUUGGGAGCAGAUGUGUCUGUUGUGAAGCGGACUCAGCGUUACUUGCACGAAAAUUUACAGCAAUCACCUGUUCAGUAUGCUGCUUAUGUAACUGUGGGAGGUGUCACCUCUGUUAUUAAGCUGAUGUUUGCUGGACUUUUCUUUUUAUUCUUUGUGAAGUUUGGCAUUGGAAGGCAACUCCUCAUAAAAUUCCCAUGGCUCUUCUCCUUUGGUUAUUUUUCAAAACAAGGUCCAACACAAAAACAGAUUGAUGCCUCAUCAUUUACGUUGACAUUUUUUGGUCAAGGGUACAGCCAAGGCUUUGGUCCUGAUAAGAACAAACCAAAUAUCAGAAUUUGUACUCAGGUGAAAGGACCAGAAGCUGGCUAUGUGGCUACCCCCAUAGCCAUGGUCCAGGCAGCCAUAACUCUACUAACUGACACCUCUGAUCUUCCUAAGGCGGCUGGUCGAAUCGGGUCUCAGCUGUGCAUUAAUUUGUGGGACCUUAGAAGAGGUUUUAUCAUCUCUAAAAUCAGGAAGAUGGACAAGAGCAAGAGAUCUCAUGACUAGCUGCAUAUCCAAACCACAAACAAUAUAGGUUCCCCAGCGGACCCCAGCAGUUUGCAUUCAGGAGGUAUGACGGUUGGGCCCUAGGAAUCCGUGGCUUAGAUCUGCACUUGGGAGCUACUGGCUGAGACUCCAUGUGCAUCUUUCCACUUUUGCAACGUGUGCUGUGUUGUGCUCUAGUGUUGAUGCUGAUAUAUGACCACCUGUGUGACCCUGUCCUCCAGCUUGAGGUACAAGUGUCUAGUCCUGAUAUUCUUUCUAACCCUCCAAGGCUCCACCUGCUCACUUGCAGAAAGUAUAUUUACUUGCCUCAAGCAAAUUGUCCAAGAGCUUUAAGUCUCAGUCCAAGAGGUAGAAGUCGUUCCUGCUUCCCAUGGCCUCACUGCUAUCCUGCCUCAAGGACAAAGGCUUUCCUGGGUUCUAUGAUGCUUUGCUGACCCUUGUCCCUGCCAUCACCAACAUGGAGCUCCACACUUGGGAUCCAGGGUUACAGGUUAUAUUUUAGUUCAUGUGCAUACACUCAGCCAGGACCUGAGCUACAGGCAAAACCCAAGCCCCUCCCAUAAGCCCUUGGGUCCUGGUAGUAAGCUGAAGUCACCAGCCCAGAUGCCUCUGCCCUCCCAGGGAGACUCCUCUUGGAGCCCUUGAUAGCCUCUCCUGCCAGUAGAGUUUCAGUGCCCCUAACUUUAUAUUUUAGGGAGCAAGUAUUGGAGUUGUCACCUCUGUUGCCUCCUUCCUGUUCUUAUGCAAAUCAGUCAAACUGCUCCUUGGGACAGUCCUGCAUAUUAAGGUCCCAGGCCUUUGGUUAGGAAUGCAGUCCCAGAGUCAGCCCACUGCUUACAGUGGCCUGGACAAGCCUCGUUUGUUUAACCUUUAAAGCCUCAAAAUGGGGAAAGUAACAGGGCCAAAUUCAUAGAAUUAUGGUGAAAAUUAAAUGAGCUCACAGAUGUAUAGCACUUAGAUUAGUGUCUGACACACAGUAAGCCCUGGAUAAGUCUCUGUUAUUGCUGCUAUUGUUAGUCUGUCUAAGGCCGCAAAAGUUUUCUUUACAAGCCUUUCCCCAGAGCACUCAGUGCCCGUGGGACUUAACUAAGACUCAUCAGUCAGUUCUUUGUGGAAUCAAGAUCUCUUCGAGAUUGACUAAUUCCCGGCAGAUGUCAUAGUAAAUCUUAACCUCUGCCACCCCAGGCCCUUGCACUGAACAGGUCCCACAGUACAGGCACUUAACGAUGCUUAAUGAAUUGAACCUAUUUCAAAUAAA